UCCCUCCAGUUGGUCCAAGUUUCUCGUCUGGAUAGAAUACGCACACAACAACCACCCUUCUGCCGCCACUGGUAUGUCCCCUUUUGAAGCUUCUCUUGGUUAUUCUCCCCCUCUGUUUCCCUCUCAUGAAUUGGAUUUAGCCGUGCCCUCUGUACAACACCACCUGCAACGUGUCCAACGCAUUUGGCGCCAGGCUCGGGCUGCUCUCCAGCGCUCUCGGGACAGUAACUGUCGCAUGGCCAAUCGGCGUAGGAGAGAGGGUCCCACUUACCAACCCGGGCAAAAGGUGUGGCUAUCGUCCAAAAACAUACCUCUGCAGGCGACCUCCCGCAAGCUUGCACCUCGCUACAUCGGACCUUACACCAUUGACCGGGUCAUCAGUCCGACCUGCGUCAGGCUGCGACUCCCAGCGGCUCUGAGGGUACACCCCUCUUUCCACAUCUCCAACAUCAAGCCCCUCCAGGAAAGUCCCCUUUGCCCGCCGUCCGCUUCCCCGCCACCCGCCCGGCUCAUCGACGGCGCCCCUGCCUUUACGGUCAGUCGGGUUCUGGACGUUCGCCGCCGGGGUCGUGGUCACCAGUACCUGGUGGACUGGGAGGGUUACGGUCCGGAGGAGCGUUCUUGGAUCUCCCGCUCCUUGAUUCUGGACCGUUCCCUCCUGGACGAUUUCUUCAGGGCUCACCCUGAUCGCCGUCCUGGACCGCCUGGAGGCGGUCGUUGAGGGGGGGGUACUGUCACGGUGCCUGUCAGCUCACCUCCCCCUCCCUCAGCUCCUGCACCUGCUCUGCUGAUUGGAACCAGCUGACCUUCAUCUCCUCAUCACCCUGCCGGCCUUCUUAAGGGAUCUUCUCAUCAGAAUUCAGCGCCAGUUCGUUAUACUCACUCCGGUUCCCUCACCACUGGUCUUGCUGGUUUCAUCAUCCUGAGCUCUCCACCGCGCCCCUCGCUGGUCCCGCCGUCCUCGGCGUCCACGUCCUGCCUCAAGCUGGUCCCGCCGUCCUCGGUGUCCACGUCCU